UUCAACUACUUAAGUCAUUGGGUGGGAUCUAGGUGGUGCUUUUUUCGAUUUCGAGAAAUUUAACAACUAAGGAAGAAUUGUUCACUUCUCUCAUUGACUUCCCGGAAGUCUCGUGAUGUUGCGCCUCUGGGUUUAGAAACUCUGUGAUCUAACGAAGACGUAGGGCUGAGGCGUGUGGAUUUACUUCCUGGGAUUUGUAGCUUGUAAAUGCAGCGUUCAAAUAUCCGAUGUACUAAUUCGUUGAACGUGGCACGUGAUUAACUAUACACCCAGUUAGCGAGUCGGAAAUAUCAGAGUUUCUUAGUUCCAACUAGCACUUGAACGCGGCACGAUUCCUAGCCAAGUGGACGAUGUCAGUUUCUCGUAUAAAGGAAUUUAUUACAUUUUUAGAAUUUUACAACAUGCUUUAAAUAUAAUAGUUUGUUCGAAUAGAGCAGUAUGCAUGUCAAGGAAUUGUGUUGAAUGCCCUAACGUUACAUAGGGGUGAAAAAACGUGUUGGAAGUCCUAGCUAGCUAGUUAACGUUACUCGGACAGAGGCUAGCUGAAACGACCACCAUGAGAGGCAACGAGAAGACGUGGAAAGUUUACUCCGAACCAACGAUAACAGAGGGGUGACAAUAUUGCAGUACCACGAUACACCGGGGGACUUGGUGUCUGGGUAUGUCACACGAGUCACUCCACAGAGUUCCGAGCCACGCCUCGAGAGGAGAGAGAGCUGUCAACCAGGCAGUUGAGACAUGAUUUGGUUCUUUCAUCCGACAGAAUGGUACACGUCAUAGCCAACGUGUGUUGUUUUGCUCUUUGAGCAAAGAGGUUGGAGUUGGAGGUAUCCCGAUGUGGGUAGUGCCUUGGCGGGCUGGGAGGGAACGAAUUAAUGAGAGGCAUAGGGUAGCAUAAGAGCGCAUUCUCUUCCAGUGUCUGACAGGGCUGUCAAUACUUCACUUCACAAUUUGGAGCUAGGACUCGGGAGUUCGGCGAACAUUGGUGCUCUAGCUACACAGGACCAGCCAGCUGUCUGAUGUUAUGUUUUAUUUGAUGAAAUUAAACCAGCUGUACGAAGCUUGCUUAUUGAAGUGCAGGUCCUCAAAGAGAAAACUCGUGGUCACUUCUCUAUUUGGCUGCUGUGAGGGAGGCCAGUGCUGUUACUGGUGAGCAUUGAGACUUCUCCACCCCAGAAAGACAGACGGACGGAGUUCCCCUGCCCAGUGCCCCUGUUUUCCUUUUCAUGGAUGCCAGGCUGGCCCUGCUGCAGCUUGGGACUCUCCUGGUCCUCCUGUCCGCAGCACUGGAGUCGACUGCUAAGCUGACUGCUGGAGAGGAGGUCUACACUAACACCUGGGCGGUCCACAUAGAGGGGGGACCGCAGGAGGCUGACCGAAUUGCCAGGAAACACGGCUUCAUCAACCAUGGCAAUGUGUUCAGGGAUUAUUAUCACUUCCGUCAUCACACCGUAGUGAAGAAAUCCCUAUCAGGACACAGGGGAACAUAUGUCCGACUGCAGAAGGAACCACAGGUGCGUUGGGUGGAGCAGCAGGUGUCGAGGCGGAGGAAAAAGAGGGAUGACUACAACGAACCUUCCGACCCCAAAUUCCCCCAGCAGUGGUACCUGGUGAGCAAGUCCAACCCCAGCGAAGCAGACCUGAAUGCCAGGGGAGCGUGGUCCCAGGGGUACACUGGGAGAGGAGUGGUGGUCACCAUCCUGGAUGACGGCAUAGAGAAAGACCACCCAGACCUUGCCUCCAACUACGACCCUGAAGCCAGCUAUGAUGUUAAUGAUGGAGACUCUGAUCCCCAGCCACGCUACACACAGCGCAACGAGAACAGACAUGGAACACGGUGUGCUGGUGAGGUUGCUGCGGCCGCCAACAACGAUGUUUGUGGGGUGGGCGUGGCCUACAACGCCAAAAUUGGAGGUGUGCGUAUGCUGGAUGGGGAGGUGACUGAUGUGGUGGAGGCCCACUCCCUCAGCCUCAACUCGCAGCACAUCCACAUCUACAGCGCCAGCUGGGGCCCAGAGGAUGAUGGGAAGACGGUAGACGGCCCCGCCAAGCUGGCCAAGGAGGCAUUCCUCCGAGGAGUCACUGAGGGCCGCGGUGGGCUGGGCUCCAUCUUUGUGUGGGCGUCGGGGAACGGUGGUCGUGAGAAGGACAGCUGUAACUGUGAUGGUUACACCAACAGCAUCUACACCCUGUCCAUCAGCAGCACCACCCAGUACGGCAUGGUGCCCUGGUACAGCGAGGCCUGCUCCUCCACCCUCGCCACCACCUUCAGCUCUGGGAACCCUAAUGAGAAACAGAUAGUGACCACAGACCUGAGACAGAAGUGUACAGACACCCACACGGGGACGUCUGCAUCGGCCCCCCUGGCUGCUGGGAUCAUCGCCCUGGCUCUGGAGGCCAAUAUGAACCUGACGUGGCGGGACAUGCAGCACUUGGUGGUGAGAACCUCUCACCCCGCCCACCUCAGCACUGACGACUGGAGGACCAAUGGAGUGGGCCGCAAAGUGAGUCAUUCGUAUGGGUAUGGUCUGCUGGAUGCGGGGGCCAUGGUGGCUCUGGCUCAGAACUGGACCAGCGUGGGCCCACAGCACCAGUGUGUCCUCACCAUGCUCUCAGAGCCGAGGGACAUAGGUAGCCGGCUGCUGUUCAGUAAGACAUUGGACUCCUGCUGGGGCAGACCAGAGUAUGUCAACUCUCUGGAGCAUGUCCAGGCCCGCCUCACUCUCUCCUACAACCACAGAGGAAACCUGGCUAUACACCUCAUCAGCCCCCUAGGGACACGCUCUACCCUGCUGGCUCCCAGGCCUAAAGACUAUUCGCCAGAGGGAUUUAUUGACUGGGCUUUCAUGACCACCCACAUGUGGGAUGAGGACCCUCGAGGGGAGUGGACCCUGGAGAUCGAGAACGUCUCAGAACAAGGACACGACUAUGGUGAGUUGAGUCAGUUUACUCUGAUCCUGUACGGUACGGGCUCCAGCUCCAAUAACCCCUCGUCUCCUGACUUCCCCCGGCCUUCCAACAACAGCUGCAAGACCUUCGACACCCAGCAGAUCUGCAUCGAGUGCAGCCUAGGCUUCUCCCUGUUCCUACAGGGUUGUGUGAAGCUCUGCCCCCCCGGCUUCACCACGGGCCCCCAGCUCCUCAAUAUGUCCCUGGACAACUGGGUGGACUUGUCCUCCGUCCAGUCCUGCCUGCCAUGCCACCCUGCUUGCCUCACCUGUUCCGGCCCCGGGCCCAGCGAUUGCCUCUCUUGCCCCCCUCACAGCCACCUGGUCCUCACCGCCUGCCUGCACCAGAACCAGAUCCAGCGCAAGUCCCCCACUGGCCCCGACCUCCAGGGAAAUGUGGGUGGACCAGGGGAAAGCCCAGUGGGGUUAGAGCAGGGGGGAGUGGGGGAGCCUCCAGGACCUAGCCUGGCCCUGUCCUCCCCUCUGGCCACCCUCCUGGCUGUGCUCAGCUGUGCCUUCAUCCUGGCAGCCUUUGCCGGGGUAUUUUUUAUGCUGCAGCUGCGCUCUGGUGGCGCCCCUUGGGCCCGGAGGACCAAACUGCAGUCUGUGGAGACGGGGGGAUGGGCCUCGGGGGGCUUCGGCCUGGGGCUAGGCUGGGAGAGGCAGGGCAGGGUAUCCUAUAAGGGGAUCCCCACUGUGUGGGUUGACGAGGACCAGGUAACAUUGGGGGGCUCUGAUUCCGACAGUGAAGAGCUGAACUGCCACAGUGAGAGGACAGCCUUUAUCAGGACACAGAGCUCUCUCUAGCCCCCUCUCUGACCCCUACAUCUGGAGGAAACCCUCUUCAGAGGGUUUGGUCUCUCCAGCCCCUCCCUCUGCUAGAGCUCAUGGGUCUGUAGUGUGAGUCUGGUUCAGGCAUUGUCCCUGGCUGAUAGACAGAGAUUCUGAUCCAGGGAUGUAAUGGCUCAGCCCAGCAAGCACCUCCUGGUCCACUGAUUCACCCUCAAGCAUUAAUCAACUGAAAAUGUUUUUGUUUUAUAAUGACUAUAUAGAUAUUAUUUUUGUUGUAUUUUUUGCUUUUAAACACUUGAAUAAGAUUAUUUGCCCUGGCCCAAGGGUCUAGGUAAAGUACAGUUUUCACUAUUAUUUCCCAUUGACCUUUAGUUUAUUGUAGAAAGGCCAAUUUCUGUAUUUUGAAAGUUGCAUAUCUUGAAAACUUGAUUGCUGUGACAUGCAAAACAUUUUGGGACUAUAUCAACAAUGGACUAAUGAAACAAAAGAUAGUUUUGGGGUGGAGUUUUCCUUUAAGCAGACAUCGGAAGAGAUGUCGGUAUGUAUUAGUAUACAUGUGUGUAUGCGUGUGCCUGUGUGACAAUGACUUUGUCGACAAGAAUUGAAUAGCCUCACAACACAGUUUCUGAUUGGAUGAAGACCAUAACAGGGUUUUAUUUAAUGUACGAGAAUGAGAGAAAGUUGCAGAUUUGGGCACUGAUAAAUGCCUACAUUUGAACGCAGUGGCUGUACAGUAACAUGCUACACAUGAUGUCAGACCUCAAGCUCUGCGCUUCACAGCGCCGAAUGGGUUUCGACUGACAGCCGUUCUGUACUUGAACACCGCACGCGAUAUGAAGUUGCCCCAAUCUCGCUCACGAAUUGGGCAAGUUUUUUUGUUGACUGAGUGAGGGAAAGCUGUAAAUUAAUGAGACUAUGUAUUUUGAAAGAUGAGACGUUGAGGAUUAUAACUAAAUACUGUUUUGAUGUCAUACAAGCAAGCCAAACACCCAUGAGUCCAAAUGUGUACUUCACAUUUCCGUAUAUGAUCUAUAUUUAAGGUACAGUUACAAGAUCACAUGGCGUCAUACCCUGGGUUAUUCUGAACAGAAUGUGCAUAUGUUUGUCUACUGUGAAGAAAAUUUGACGCAGCACACUCACCUGAAUGCACUCAUGACUCCUUUCUAUGCGCACCAAAAUAACGGAUCUGUUUCCCUGAAUUGCAUUUUGAAGGCCUAAAACUGUAAUAUCGUGUUUUAUUAUUUAGCUAGUCAUGUUGGCAAUAGAACAAGCUUUCAAAUUAUACCCACUUGACCCAGAUUGCGAUUUAUAAUGGUUUUUGGAUUGCGUAAACAACACCAGUAAUUGUGUAAUGGCGGGGACAAUGGGUUGUGUUCCAAACAAAACAACUUAAAGUGUGCUUGCUCUAGUUCCUCAACGGCACAUCUAGGAGUGCUCAAAACAGCACCUUAUAGUUGAAGGCUGUUCUUUGAGUCAUAUAAGUGCAUUGAAAUUACUUAGGAAACGUGCUUUGGAGAGGUGUGUGCCCACUUGGAGAGACCAGUUAGUCCUCUCACUCUUAUCAGUAGUGCUAAGCGAUUUUCGAUGUCGUUUUCGAUUGUUUUUUACAUUAAAUGCUCUAUGCAUUAUGUAGGUUGAAUGCUGUAACAACACAGAAUAAAACAAUUAAUAAAAGACAAUGAUGGUAGUGACUGACAUUACUGUUUAUCACUUAUGAACCAUCAUUUAUUCACAUUACUUUAAUAAAAUAUUUUAGUUGUUGUGUAUAUUA